AUGGCUAACUGGACUGGCAUCUCUGCCAAACAGCAAGAUGAAAUCGAUCGACUAGCGACUGAUAUCCCUACAAGGGAGAUACCGACCUAUGACGACUUAUCCUACGAUGAUUUCCUAAAUCAUCAUCUCAUCCACAAUAAACCUUUCUUGCUCUCACCACUCGCUACAUCGAAAUGGUCAUCUUCCGCCAAGUUCCGAAUCUCAUCCGCCGACGAAACAGUAUCUUUACCAAACUUAUCUGCACUCAGACCGUACGCCCAUCACAUCGUGCCAGUUGCCAAUACCCUUCAACAGCAAUUCUCAGAAUUCGAAAGGACCGAAAGGCCUCUUGGUGAGGUACUGGACCUGUGGGAAGAGGGCAAGGGAAGGGGACUGUAUGUAAAAGAUUGGCAUUUGAUGGCUGAGAUAGAAAGUGAGGGAAGAAGUGUGAAUGAGGUUUAUGAAGUACCGGAUUGUCUUAGAGAUGACUGGCUCAAUCCAUCCUACACACCUGAUUCUCGCCAUCACAAAGGAAGGACUAAUAGUUCAUCCGCUUCCACAUCGGAUUUCAGAUUCACCUACCUCGGUCCUCCUCUCACUUAUACACCGCUCCACAGAGAUGUCUAUGGAUCCUACUCCUGGUCAGCUAAUGUAGUUGGUAGGAAAGUAUGGUGGUUGUUCCCUCCUGAUCGACUAGAUGGGGUGAAAGAUCAGCAUGGAGAACUGGUUUUUGACGUGAGGGAUUUGGAAGAUGAAGGUCGGGCGAUCAAGAUACUUCAGCAGGAAGGGGAGAUCAUAUUUGUACCUAGUGGAUGGCAUCAUCAAGUGGUCAAUCUUGAUUUUUGUAUAUCAAUCAAUCACAAUUUCUUCUCAUCACCUACUCUUCCAAGGAUAUACGAUACUCUACGCGCAUCUCAAGAAAGGGUAGAAGAGUCAAUCUCAGAUGUGAAGGAUAUGAUCAUACAGAGAUUAGGGUCAGGAGGAGAUGCAUGGGAGAAAGAGUGGGUCGAGGAAGUCCAAUCGCUCUUAGAGAGAGAUGCAGGAUGGAACUGGAAGGGAUUCUGGCAGACCGUAGCCAAGAACAUCACCUCUCCACCUGCACCCUUUCACCUAUCUCCGCCUGUUCAAUUGAGAGAUGAGUGGAUACGACACGCCAUUGAGCGAUUCAAACUCCGAAGGGAAUGGGUUUUACAGGAUGAUAUCCGCAUGACCAUCGAGGAAAUACAAGAAUCAAUCGGGAUAUGA